CGUUCAUCCUUGACCUUCAACUGAUACGCAUUUAUUGUGGUGAUCUAAUGGCGCCAAGACCAAGGUAAAUGAAGGGUCAUGGGUAUCUUGAGGGCUUGUAUCAUAUGAUUGGUUACCGCAGAUGCUCUACAGGGUUGAAAACGUUGAUGUGGGAGACAUGGAUUCAACAGGGUAUCAUUCCCACAACGCCCUCAACGUAUAUCUACCAUUUCUACCCAAUUCUUGCUAUGGUGGACUGGAAUGAUGCCGACCUCCAGGCGAAAUUGGGGACACUUUCAGUACAGUUGUUUUAUGCCAUCUUUGGCUUAUAUGGUUGGGAAUAUAUACGCUCUUCACACGUCGAGGUAGCACUGCUUCGGAGGCAGUUUCCAUUUCGAUGGCCUUUGCUCUCGUAUAUCACCGCCAGACUCAGCUUCUUGAUUGUGACAGUUUUACUUGCGAUGCAAUUUAGUCCCUUUCACACAAGCGUUGAUUGUCAGAGCAUGAAUUCCGUCAUCAUGCUUGUGACAAACGUUGCCAUCGGUUGCUCUGCGACAAAUCUGAUGAUCAGAACGUGGCUUAUCUGGAAAACCAAUUACCUGCUGCGCCUCUUCCUAGUCCUCACAUCACUAGGUUAUUGGACAAUUCUCACUCUCUUCGUUGUAACCACUCGUGCAUUUACCACAAACGGAUUGUGCAUGAUCCAUUUUACCAACCCUGCAUAUGCUAGUGCGGUGGUCAUAUAUACCAUGUUGUAUGAUUUGGUACUUGUGGUCCUUACCGUUAUUGGACUUUCCAGGGUGCCAUCGUCUUCUACGCUAUGGAAGACGCUCGUGAAACAAGGGGUGAUAUACUUCUUUCUCAAUGUGUUAGUAAACAUGAUCCUACUGGUCCUGAAUCGUUUGAACCUGAAUCCUAUUAUGAAUGCUAUAUUCUCAAUGCCUGCGGUAUGCGUCUGCACGAUUGCAUCUAGCCAAGUGGUCCUCUCGCUCCUCCGUCCUUCGCCCGAUUGUGAAAGUGACAACUCCUCGUCGGCUAAAGCGCCUCCGCUGACGACUGACUUCACCGUUUCGGGGUUCCAGUCCAUGGCUGAAGCCUAAGAGAGUAUUUGUUUAGAAUCACCCCGAUUACUACACCGUCCCUAUGCGUAUCGUUUCAUGAGAGGGUUCAUAUUUCGGCUUCAACGUAUUGCGUCGCAUAUCUUGUCUCUACGAUGCAAAUUUUUCCAGCGCUUGCAAGUUUGACGGAGUCUUCAUGCAUGAUUGGAUUUUGUGGAUGCAUAAAACAGACUAAACAUCGUCUCGCAGUCAUCCUGCUUACUUCAAUCUUGAUCAGUGUCACCCGUUUGUACUAUCCACAUGCAGUCGGCUCUUAGAGAUGUAAUAUGAUA